AUGGAUUAUGUGCUGUGUGGGCCAAAUAGAAUGUCAAAGAAUAUGACUAUUUUCUGUUCUUAUCUAUCAAAUGAGGAAGUGCCAACAAUUAAUGUUCCAAAUCCAAAUAACCUGUUUUCUUUAGGGAAGUGGUUAAAAGCACGUAAGUAUGCUUAUUCAAAACUUUUUAGUGGUCAUUUAAACGUAAAAGGUGAUUUAAAUGACUAUGACAUAAUCAAGUGGAAAAAGUCAUAUGUACGUAUAUUUGGCUAUACAAUUUACCUAUUUAAUUAUAAAUCUAAGAAAUCUACAGGAAUAAUCAAUAUAAAUGAAGCAAAACCUACAAUUAGUGAAACAAACACAAUAAGUUUAAAUUUAGUUAACUAUGAAAGGAUAUUAGAAUUACACACAGACUCUAAAGAAGAUUUUCAAAAAUUAAAGACAGCAAUAGAAAUACUUUUUCCGAAAGAAAAAUUGUGA